AUGUGCAUACAUCCAGUUUUCCAUAUAAACCUCCUUACAAAAUUCCACCCUGACCCUCAUGGACAAGAUCCUCCACAACCUGCACCUAUCAUCACAGAAGAAGGUGAGGAGGAGUACAAAGUAGAAAGAAUCUUGGAUAGCAAAUGGAAGGGAUGCAGCAAGGCAAGGAAACUCUGGUAUCUUGUCAAAUGGAAAGGAUAUGACAAGGGAAGCAAUUCAUGGGAACCAGUAAAUAACAUGGCUAAUGCCAAAGAGGCUAUGGAAGAUUUCCAUAAAGAACACCCCAACGCAGUUGGAGCUUGA